GAGAGGGAGAAAGGGGGGCAAAGUGAGUGUCUCCUAUCACACUAGAGCUCAAACUAACGGGAUCUGCUUAUAUCCUCUACAUGCGCAAAGAUUCAAGAACCAGACAAGUGAAAGCGCGUGUCCGAUGUACUCGAGGAAAAGGAGAGCCAGCGCUAACUGAGAUUGUUUUUUGACUUUUCUGCUUUUGCUGAACUGUUUGACGGUGGUACAGUGACCUGUUUGGAGAUUUCUUUAAUUGCGAACGCGUAAUUAUUGUAGUGGUUUUAGAUCAGGUAUCCAGGAGUUUGCCCAUGUGUUGGAGACAGAUUCAGAUUUACAUUAGUUUUUAUCUGGCAUCGGUUUGAUCAUAGCGGUUGAGGACUGAUCAAGCUCAGACUGUCAACUGAAUUGAUAUCCCUGUAAUAUCUGCAGACCCGGAACGCAUCUUCUCAUUAGGACGCACAGCUGUGUUUCAGCACAGGAGAGGCUGAGGAAGGCGCGCGAGGAUGUUGAGGGUCUCGGGUGCUUUGGUCACUUUGGUGACUCUCUGCUGUGUGUUCAAAGUGACUGUCGGCGGAUACGGAAUGAGCAUGUUCGCCGCUCAGACCUCCCCGCCGGAUCCGUGUUACGACGAAAACGGACAACCCAGAAGAUGCAUCCCCGACUUCGUGAACGCUGCGUUCGGGAAAGAAGUGCGCGCGUCCAGCACCUGCGGCAAAACGCCGAGUCGGUACUGCGUGAUCACCGAGAAAGGGGACGAAAGACACAGAAACUGCCACACGUGCGACGCGUCAGACCCGAAGAAAUAUCACCCACCAGCUUACCUGACCGACCUGAACAAUCCUCACAAUCUCACCUGCUGGCAGUCGGACAAUUACCUCCAGUAUCCUCAAAACGUCACUUUAACUUUAUCCCUGGGCAAGAAAUUCGAGGUGACCUACGUGAGUUUGCAAUUCUGCUCACCUCGACCGGAGUCUAUGGCGAUCUUUAAAUCGAUGGACUACGGAAAGUCCUGGGUGCCUUUCCAGUACUACUCGACCCAGUGUAGAAAGAUGUACAAUAAGCCCAGCAAAGCCACGAUCACUAAGCAGAACGAGCAGGAGGCCAUCUGCACAGAUUCUCACACCGACAUGCACCCUCUCUCCGGCGGGCUGAUCGCGUUCAGCACCCUGGACGGGCGACCCUCUGCGCACGACUUUGACAAUUCUCCCGUACUUCAGGACUGGGUGACUGCCACUGACAUUAAGGUGACUUUCAGCCGCUUGCACACUUUCGGAGACGAAAAUGAGGAUGACUCGGAGCUGGCCAGAGAUUCUUAUUUUUACGCGGUUUCCGACCUGCAAGUCGGAGGCAGAUGUAAGUGUAAUGGACACGCGUCACGGUGCGUCAAAGACCGGGAUGGAAACCUAGUGUGCGAGUGCAAACACAACACAGCCGGAACAGAGUGUGACAGAUGCAAACCUUUUCACUAUGACCGACCCUGGCAGCGCGCAACCGCCAGAGAAGCCAACGAAUGUGUCGCCUGCAAUUGUAACCUCCAUGCGAGGCGAUGUCGUUUUAACAUGGAGCUCUACAAACUCUCUGGAAGGAAAAGUGGAGGAGUCUGUCUGAACUGCCGCCACAAUACAGCAGGUCGCCACUGCCACUACUGCAAAGAGGGCUACUAUAGAGACAUGUCCAAGCCCAUCUCGCACAGAAAGGCCUGCAAAGCCUGUGAUUGCCAUCCUGUGGGGGCCGCGGGCAAAACCUGUAACCAAACCACAGGCCAAUGCCCCUGUAAAGACGGUGUGACGGGUAUCACAUGCAACCGUUGUGCUAAAGGCUACCAGCAGAGCCGAUCACCCAUUGCCCCCUGCAUAAAAAUUCCAAUCGCUCCACCGACCACCACUGCAAGCAGCACAGAAGAGCCAUCAGACUGUGAAUCCUACUGCAAGGCAUCCAAAGGCAAGCUGAAGAUCAAUAUGAAGAAGUACUGCAAGAAAGAUUACGCCGUUCAAGUCCACAUCCUGAAGGCAGAUAAAGCGGGCGAGUGGUGGAAGUUCACCGUCAACAUCAUCUCUGUUUACAAACAGGGUGAAAGCCGAAUCCGCAGAGGAGACCAGUUUCUCUGGGUCAGAGCAAAGGACGUGGCCUGCAAGUGUCCGAAGAUCAAGUCCGGCAAGAAAUACCUUCUGCUGGGGAACGACGAGGAUUCGCCUGGACAAAGCGGAAUGGUGGCGGACAAGGGCAGUCUGGUCAUUCAGUGGAGAGACACUUGGGCUCGGAGACUCCGGAAGUUUCAGCAACGGGAGAAGAAAGGAAAAUGCAAGAAAGCAUAAUGAGGAGAAGAGGAAAGAGCUGAUCAUUCAGAGCUGGACAGAGAAACAACAGAUAAAGAUAAGAAACGAGACUGAGCAUCGCUGCUUUGAAUAAAGGCAUGAAGAGAA